GUCACCUGCUGACCUGCCUGCUUCCGAGGCAGGUCUCACCUGCCUCGGAUCUAUUUAGCACAAGUUUAAACAAAAUUCCAUUUUCGGCGUUUGCGUCCCCAACGCGGAUUUCUGGCGUCCAAGAAGAGAGCAAGGCAAUAAAAGGAUUUCGCAAAGCGUCAAUUUUAUCACUCUGAGUCCAGCCAAGCCAGAAGAAGGAAGUUCUCACUCUGCUCGCUUCUUGCACUUUCCUCGCCAAAAUCAUCCUAGUUUUUUUUCUGGUUAAAACCCGAAGAAUAAUUUAAAAUUGUGACAAAAUGUCGGGAACUUGUUGUUUCGGAUGCUGCACGGAGGGACAUGGAACGCUCAUCAUUGGAAUUCUUAACAUUAUCGGGGCCAUCCUCUCCAUGAUCCUGAAUUUCAUUUGGAUCUUUUUGCUGAUCAACCAUCCCGACGAAAUCGAGAAAGUUUACAUUCGUCAAGAUCCCCAUCGCUACAUCACAUUCAGUUGUAUCUAUAUCUUCAUGGCGAUCGUGAACUUGAUCUUUUCCUGCCUCAUGGUGCAUGGAUAUCGCGUGCGAAAUCACCGCUUCAUCAUGCCAUGGUUCGUCUGGAACUACGCGUCCCUUUGCGUCGUUGCUGUCAUGAUUUUGAUCCGGUCUUUAAUCAACCCCUCGUCUGCUGCGGUAUUAAUUGGUGGACUUUACCUCGCAGUGGGGACUUACUAUUCCCUCGUGGUGAAAAGAUUCGUCGACGAGUUGAAGGGAGGCUUGAUUUAUUAAACU